ACCAGCCUGACCCAGGAAAAAGCUAAAUAGCGAAAAACCUCACCGUCCGUGGGAUUUUCAAACUUUAGCCUUGACAAUAUCAAAUAACCUCCCUUUCGGAUUAUUUUCUUUCUCAGUUUCUCACCCACCGAUCGCCUCCAUUUUCUUCAACUCUGAAGAAAACCAAAAAUUAAAAAAAUUAAAAAAAAAGAAAAAAAAGGCCCUUGGCAGAGAAAAUGGGGGAUCAGCUAGCCAGAGCAGAUGAUUUCGAGAAGAAAGCAGAGAAAAAGCUCAGCGGCUGGGGUUUGUUCGGUUCCAAAUAUGAAGACGCCGCCGAUCUCUUCGAUAAAGCCGCCAAUUCCUACAAACUCGCCAAAGCCUGGGACAAAGCCGGAGCAACAUAUGUCAAGUUAGUAAACUGCCAUUUGAAGUUGGAUAGCAAACAUGAAGCAGCCCAAGCUUAUGUUGAUGCUGCUCAUUGCUACAAGAAAACAUCUGCAAAAGAGGCCAUAUCUUGCUUAGAGCAGGCAGUAAAUUUCUUCUGUGAUAUUGGAAGGCUCAAUAUGGCUGCAAGAUAUUAUAAGGAAAUUGCUGAAUUGUACGAGUCUGAACAGAAUCUUGAGAAGGCAAUUGAAUUUUUUGAUAGAGCAGCUGAAUUGUUCCAGAGUGAAGAAGUAACUUCUACUGCCAAUCAGUGCAAGCAAAAAGUUGCACAAUUUGCUGCUCAACUGGAACAAUAUCAGAAGUCUAUUGAGAUUUACGAAGAGAUAGCUCGACAUUCACUUGGCAAUCACUUGCUGAAGUAUGGAGUAAAAGGACAUCUUCUAAAUGCUGGAAUCUGCCAUCUUUGCAGAGGAGAUGUUGUUGCAAUUACCAAUGCAUUAGAGAAAUACCAGGAACUAGAUCCAACUUUUUCAGGGACAAGGGAGUGCAAAUUUUUAGCGGAUGUUGCUGCUGCAAUCGAUGAGGAAGACAUUGCAAAAUUUACUGAUGUGGUGAAGGAAUUUGAUAGCAUGACCCCACUGGAUCAAUGGAAGACAACCUUACUGUUAAGGGUGAAGGAAAAACUGAAAGCCAAGGAACUAGAGGAUGACGAUCUUACCUAAAUCUGAUUUAUAAACGUGUGGUUCUCUAUUUUGUUGUGGAUGAUGAUUGCUAUUGUGUUCAGUUAUACUUUAUUUAGAGUGUAUUAUUACCUGAUUCUAAAUUGUACUUGAUUUGGGAUUUUAUCAGAGUGGGUAUGCAACAAUUUAUGAGCAUGACAUGUAAAUUGUGUAACGUUUUGUGUGUUCUAUUUUACUUGGUUUUGGCAUUGGGCCGUUGGCUA